UAAUCGCCAAUAUACCAUAGAAAAUAAGUGUAGGUGGUGGUAAUGCCACAUUUAUUGGAUACCAACCGCCGUUAAACUUCAUCGAAGAAGAAAAAAAAAGAUCUUCUUAAAAUUUCAUUUUAAACCUAUCUACACGGUUAACCUUAUACCUAACCCUAAAUUAAGACUAAAAAGCACAUUUUUGUUUUCAUACCUUUGUAUAAAAAAGUAUACGAUAUAGCUCAUUUGACUUUGUGGCUGUGCUAUCUAGUGGAAAGCAUCACAAUAGGAGUAACCAGGUAGCUAUGUUAUGUAACUUGGCGAUUUAUGCAACAGGAUGCCAGUAGAAGAUACUGAGAACCAGGUUCCUCUUAUCCUCUCCAACCCGGCUAGUGCUGCUCUCACCCCGGGAGGAAUGGAGGAGGAUGGGGCCAACAGGGGAACCGCUGGAUGCUCAAUCUCCAUCACAGGGACCAGCCAGGGGGACACUGAGCAGCCUGCAAUGGCCUGCCCAGAUAGCACUGGAUCUGGGGAGGGCAGCAGUGCCAUUAAGAAGUCUGGAGCCCUGCUACACAUUGACCGUCAGCUUAUCCAGGCUGUGAGUGCCAGCUCCGGGGCUGCAGAGCUACAGGGUCUGGGUGUCGCCGUGUACGACCAGGAUGUGUUGGAGCAGGGGGUCUUGCAGCAGGUGGACCAGGCCAUACACGAAGCCAGCCAGGCUGCAGCCAAGGCCGAGGCAGAGAAGGAGUACCAGUCUGUACUAGACGAUGUCAGGUCAUGUAUGGCAGCUCUGAAGCAUAUUAAUAAGAUCAUAGAGCAGCUGACUCCCUAUGCUACUUCCAGUAAAGACAUUAACAGGAAGAUGGAGUCUGUCAGACGGCAGAAAGAGAACAAGGAGAAGCAAUUGAAGAAGAUCAGAGCAAAGCAGAGGAGACUACAGGCCAUCCUGGGUGGAGAAGACACACUGAAGAUAGAGGCUGAGCUACUGCUGGAGGACGAUGUGGACGAAGAGCCCGGCCCAUCUACUCUGGGCAGUAUGCUGAUGCCGGAACAGGAGACUGAGUGGGAGGAGCUAAUCCGGACGGGUCACAUGACACCGUUUGGAACGAGGGUCCCUCAGAAGGAGGAGAAGAAGGAACCACGCAAGUUCAUGCUGUCUGAAAACUCUGGCUUCGACGCUUACCUGGCGGACCAAGCUAAGAUGGCAGUGGACAGGAAGAGACCUGCACCCCUAAAGCAGAAGAAGACUGCUGUGGGCAAGGAAGGGAAAAAGACCAACGAAGCGGCUCUCCCCUCCUACUCUGUGGAUAAGAAUCUCCAGAAGCGAAUGCGUAAGCUGCAGAGGACCGCUCUGAAGGCCCACUCUAAGGCCCCGGCUAAGAGGGUCACGCUGAUCCCCAAGCCCAGGACGAAGCUUCAAGCUGGGGGAGAUGAGAUGGACAGCGAGGGGUCUGAGUACCUCCCCAGUGAUGAACUGAUGGACCCUGAGAGAGAAGAGAGGGAGGACCGAGAUGAGGGCUGGGGAGAGGAGGAUGAGGUUGACUACUAUGAGUUAAAGCCCUACAGGAAGAAGAGUGGAGAAAAGGGGGGGAAGAAGGGGAGAAGGAGAGAGCGUGACGAGGAGUAUUACCCCGACAGCUCAGAGGAAGACAAGGGUUCAGGGAAAAAGGGAAAAGAGAAGAUGAAGAAAGACGAUGGAGAUGUGGAAUUCUACAAACAGAGGAUACGGCGGUGGAGGCGGCUGCGGCUGAGAGAGAGGGAGGAGAAGAGAGAGAGAGGAGAGGAGGAGAGUGACCAGAGUGAUGCUGAGUUUGAUGAAGGAUUCAAAGUGCCUGGAUUCCUCUGGAAUAAACUCUUCAAGUACCAGCAGACAGGUGUAAGGUGGCUGUGGGAGCUACACUGCCAGCAGGCAGGGGGAAUCCUGGGGGAUGAGAUGGGUCUGGGUAAAACCAUCCAAGUCAUCGCAUUCCUGGCUGGCCUCAGCUACAGCAAACUACGCACACGAGGGUCCAACUACAGAUACCAAGGACUAGGUCCUACAGUGAUAGUGUGUCCAGCUACAGUCAUGCACCAGUGGGUCAGUGAGUUUCACACCUGGUGGCCCCCAUUCAGAGUGGCUGUCCUACACGACACGGGAUCCUUCACCCAAACAAAGGAGAAGUUGAUAUCAGAGAUGGCAGCAUGUCAUGGUGUCUUGAUAACGUCGUAUUCAGCCGUGAGGAUCAUGCAGGAGACCCUGCAGAGAUACGACGGCUGGCACUACGUUAUACUGGACGAGGGACACAAGAUCCGCAACCCUCACGCUGGAGUUACCACUGCCUGCAAACAGUUCCGUACUCCUCAUAGGUUCAUUCUAUCUGGCAGUCCUAUGCAGAACAAUCUGAAGGAGCUGUGGAGUCUAUUUGACUUUGUCUUCCCUGGAAAACUGGGCACGCUGCCUAUUUUUAUGGAACAGUUCUCUGUACCGAUCACCAUGGGGGGCUACAGCAACGCUUCACCUGUACAGGUCCAGACAGCGUAUAAGUGUGCGUGUGUUCUGAGGGAUACCAUUAACCCUUACCUGCUCAGACGGAUGAAGGCUGACGUGAAGGCCAACCUCUCUUUACCUGACAAGAAUGAACAGGUUUUGUUUUGCAGGCUAACAGAGGCGCAGCGUGAGGUGUAUCAGGGCUAUCUGGACUCCAAAGAGGUCUACCAAAUACUGAAUGGAGAUAUGCAGGUGUUCUCGGGCCUGAUAGCACUGCGUAAGAUGUGUAACCACCCGGACCUGUUCUCAGGGGGUCCCAAGAUCCUGAAGGGUAUACCAGAGGACCAACUGACUGAAGAGGAACACUUUGGCUUCUGGAAACGUUCCGGCAAACUGAUGGUGGUGGAAUCACUGCUCCGACUUUGGUUUAAACAGCAACACAGAGUCCUGCUGUUCACACAGUCCAGACAGAUGUUGGGGAUAUUGGAGGUGUUUGUGAGGGAGAAUGGCUACACCUAUGUGAAAAUGGAUGGUACCACCACCAUCGCCUCCAGACAGCCUCUCAUCGCUCGAUACAACGAAGACAAGUCUAUCUUUGUGUUCUUGUUGACCACCAGAGUGGGGGGGCUGGGAGUCAACCUGACCGGAGCCAACCGAGUCAUCAUCUAUGACCCCGACUGGAACCCUAGCACUGACACACAGGCUCGAGAGCGAGCUUGGAGGAUCGGUCAGAAAAAGGAGGUGACUGUCUAUAGACUACUGACCGCCGGGACCAUUGAGGAGAAGAUCUACCACAGGCAAAUCUUCAAACACUUCCUGACCAACCGCAUUCUGAAGGACCCCAAACAGCGACGCUUCUUCAAGUCCAACGACAUCUACGAGCUGUUUACCCUAUCUAAUCCUGACGGGACGCAGGGCACUGAGACCAGCGCUAUAUUUGCAGGCACCGGUUCUGAUGUCCAAGCUCCUAAGAAGCCAGUCAGACCAAGGUCUAACCAUAGACACUCUGUAACCAAUCACAAUGUUAGCUCCACUGGAGGUGGAGCCAUCCCUUCCCCAUCGCCCCGGCCUGGAGACAGGACCACCCCCCUUCGCAGUAACAUCUCUCUCAAUAAGGACAGCCAGGAAGCCAACCAGGGCGAGGCAGAUAUUCCUAUUGGACAGUCCCAGACAGAAUGUGACACACAGCAUUCUAGGGAGGAGGGAAGCAAUGCUCAUAUACUCACAGACCCAGACAGAGACCAAAACUCCAUUCUGACCCACAAACACAGAGACUCACCCGUGACCAGCCCAAACCCACACAAACAUUCACACACGAACUCCGUCAGUCCCAGCACACAGAAACAACGAGACAAACACAGUCCACACAAACACAGAGAGUCUCAAGGACCUGGCCCCAGUCCCUACAAACACCGGGAGAAGAGGAAGCACUGUGACUCGACAAUAGAAGGACCUAAAAACAAACACGGGAAUCAGAAACAGGCCAAGGUCGAGGGUCAUCGCAUCUCUUACCUGGUGAAGAAGAGGAGCUACAAAGGACAAGAGGAGCGCGAGGAGCAGCCGGAGAAACAGGACCAGAGACAGAGCGACGACUACGUACUGGCCAAACUCUUCAAGAAGUCGGGUAUCCACAGUGUAAUGCAGCAUGACUCCAUCAUGGAGGCGUCUAACCCAGACUUUGUCCUGGUGGAAGCUGAAGCUAACAGAGUAGCUAAAGACGCUUUGAAAGCUCUGAAGGUCUCCAGACAACACUGUAGACUGCCCUACAACCAACCUGCCCCAGCUCCAGCCAGGAAGAGGUUUGGUCAGAAGAAGAAUCCUUUGCUGUCUGCUCCUCCUGCUACAGUUGUCCCAGCUCAGGACAAAUGCAAGGAUGCUGCCAUCAUCAAGAAAACCAUCGCUAGGAAACCCAUCCCAGGGGGUCACUUCAGUGGAGAAGGGGUAGAGGUGGGAGGCUCUUCCUCUACUACGGCCCCCCUCUCUUCCUCCACUCUACUGGCCCGCAUGAAAGAUAGGAACCACCUCAGCCUGCCCCAGAGAGAAGGGGAUGAAGGAGAAGAGGAAGAGGGGGGUGCCCGUAUCCCCUCAGGCCCUCCUGCCCCCCCUACGGAACACGAUGAACUCCUGGUGGAGCUGAGAAACUUUGUGGCAUUCCAGGGAGCUGUGGAUGGACAGGCCAGCACCAAGGAGGUCCUGGACCACUUCACCCCCAGACUGACCCACACCCAGACCCCUGUCUUCAGAGAACUACUCCGAAACAUCUGUAACUUCCACAGGGCAAAGGGGCAGGAGGGGACGUGGAGACUUAAACCAGACUACAGAUAAUGGGAGUAAGGAGAAGGGGAGAGGAGACUCACACCUGACUACUUGUAGUGAGGGUGAGGCAGAGGAGGAGAAGUCUGGGUUGAUGGAGAGGAAUUUGAGGCUCAAAAAAAAACAUUUUAACUGAUGGCGAGGAGAUGGGAAAGAGAGGGAGAAGCGGAUCUGAGUUACUGUAGUCGUUGGGUUGGGGGGGUGCUAUUAAUGAAAAUGUCACAUUUAUUUGUUUAUACCUGGGAUCUACUUGAAUUCAGACAUUUUACAUGUAACUGACAAUGUAUCUAGAAAUUGAAUACUGUUAUUGUGGCAGUAGGAAAUUAUGCAGAUGUUUUUAAUUCAAAAUAAGAGUCCCCCUACAAAGACACGUUAAACUCGGGGAAUAUGCAGUACAACUGUUUUUCACAGCAUUGCAACCACCUUUUAAGAAAAUGUCUUGAUCAUUUGACGUACUUUUAUUUGUAACCCCAAAGAGACGAUUUUCACGUCUUAAUCCGCCGAUGUCGCACUUCCGCAUCUGCGGUGAAAGGUGGCAGAGCCAGAGCUGUGUUUGUCAGACCAUGAGACAUUCCAAAAUAUCAGUCUUCUCACGAAAAUGUCUGUGAACGACCUACAAACUGUUACCCCUAUAUGGAAAGAUGAAACUAUCACGAACACAAUGUUGUGCUCUACGACCCCCACAAGCGUUUUGGUACUCGUUUGAAGUCGGUACAGAUGAUCUGCCAACUUCUGUCUGUAGCGUCUGAACAGUUUGGGCUACACGCUAAUAUAUCUCACGAACACGUACACUACCGUUCAAAAAUUUUGGGUCACUUAGAAAUGUCUUUGUUUUUUGAAAGAAAAGCAACAUUUGUUUGUACAUUAAAAUAAUACAGAAAUACAGUGUAAUUACUAUUGUUGCUGGAAACGGCUGAUUUAUUUUAUGGAAUAGGCCCAUUAUCAGAAACCAUCACUCCUGUGUUCCAAUGGCUCGUUGUGUUAGCUAAUCCAAGUUUGACAU